UGUUUCGGCAAUACAACAUUGCAAUGUUUUCUAUGUUCGUUUUCAUUUUUUAUAAUGAAUAGUGUGUUUUAUACAAUUAAUUACUCGGAAAUAGUGAAUUGUGAACUGUGCUGUGAUAUUUGUAAUGGAUGCAGACGGUGGAAAUGAUAUCAAAAGAGACCGUGAUGCAAUUCAGAUGAUAGAGACCAUACAGUCAAUGAUUGAUGUUUCGGCGGAUAGGCUCGAAGGUUUGAGGACACAGUGCUCAACAAGUGCAGAACUUACACAGCAUGAAAUACGAACGCUGGAGGGUAAACUAGUAAAGCACUUUUCCCGGCAACUCGUGAUAAAAGCGAGUUUUGGUGAAGAGUUACAAUGUAAGCUAAGAGAUGUGCCUAGCUUGAGGCAGUGGCUCAGGGUUGUUGGACUUAGUGUUGACGCUAUAGAGGCGUUGUGCGCUAGGGUGGCUUCAUUGGAGUCGUUACGAGAGAAAGCGGAACAUGAGCUGCGGGCGAUACUGUGCGGAGCGCGAGAUGAGGAAGUACGGCGGCUGGGACGCGCGAUGCAGCGGCUACGAACCUACACUGAUGCACUGGCACGAGGUGACGGUGCGGCAGAGCUCCCUCUGUACUGGGACAGCUGGGAACGACACGGCAGGGGAUCACCCCGCAACAGGGAAGAGAAGAAUAGGAAAAACGCUAAAGUACAGGGUAAUGGUGGCAAGUCACCGAACACACCAGUGAGCAAGCGGAGACAGAACAGCCACCUGCCCACUCCAGACAACUCGCUCACCAAGUCCAGCUCACACGAGUCGCAGCUAUCUGUUAAACCUGACGCCUCUGAUCAUAGUGAUAACAGCCAGUCGUCUGCGGCUGGCAACCCCGAAUGCAGUCCGCCCGCCUCCCCGCACGACCACGAGCGGGAACCGGAGCACGAACGAACACACGCAAGUCUCAGUGCGCAGCAUGCGAGCCCGCUGUCCGGCACGCGAUCGCCGGGUGGCGGACGCUCGAGCGGGCCGGUGAGCGGGUGCAUGGCGCACUAUAUCGCCCACCGCUUCACCAAGAAGUUCAACAUGAUCGCCACCUGCGACUUUUGUGACAAACAGAUGCUGUUCGGCUCCGGCCUCAAGUGCAAGGAGUGCAAAUAUAAGUGUCACAGGGAUUGUGAAAGUAAAGUGCCACCAUCUUGCGGGUUGCCGCAGGGAUUUGUGAAUGCAUUUAAGGAGAUGUUUCAUAAAGAUGGUGGUUAUUACCUGUCCUCACCAAAUGCUGGUCGCGGGAUCACCCCCUCCCUCACCCCCCAGAGAAGGAGACCACCUCCGGCGCCGCAUCAUUACUCUGGUGGACCGGAUUCGUCGUCGAACACUUCGUCGUGCAACAGUUCGACGCCCUCGUCCCCCGCGCUUCAUCCCCCCGCGCCUCACCCCGCCACCGCUCAGUACAGACACAACAGUGACAGGCGCCGCUUCCACUUCCCAGAUGUGAAGCCAGUGUCGAGUUCGAAUAACACGUCGGCAGUGCAGUCUCCGGUACGAACCGCCACGGACAAUAACGAUCUCGUAAGCAGUGUGAAAAGUGAGAGUGCUGAUGUCUGCGGGACGGUGGUGUCCCUCAGCGAAUCGUGCUCGGGCUCCGGGUCCACGGACAGCGGCAGCGCGGGCGUGAGAAACACCUCAGACGACAUGCAUCACGACCGGUGGCCUCGACAGAAUAGUCUGUCCAUGAAGGAGUGGGACAUCCCAUACGACGAGCUGAAGCUGUUCGAGGUUAUCGGUGCGGGUCGGUUCGGGACAGUGUACCGCGGCAGCUGGCACGGAGCCGUCGCCGUCAAGGUGCUGCACGUGCAUGCCCUCAACGACCACUGCGCGCCGCUAGACACCUUCAAGCACGAGGUGGCGACAUUUCGGAAGACCCGUCACGAAAACCUGGUUCUAUUCAUGGGCGCGUGUAUGAAGCCGCCCCGUCUCGCGAUCGUGACAUCACUGUGCAAAGGCAUGACGCUCUUCACGCACAUCCAUCUGAGGAAGGACAAGUUCACUGCGAACAAGAGCGUCCUAGUGGCGCAACAGAUCUCACAGGGUAUGGGUUACCUCCACGCAAGAGGUAUCGUUCAUAAAGACUUGAAAACGAAAAACAUUUUUCUGGAGAACGGGAAAGUGGUCAUCACGGACUUUGGAUUGUUUAGUGUUACAAAGUUAUGCUUUGGGAACAACCCACGCGGCGACAGCCUCGGUAUCCCGUCGGGCUGGCUGUGUUACCUGGCACCAGAGCUGGUACGCGCACUGCGGCCGCACGCUUCACUCCACCUGCCCUUCUCCAAGCAGACAGACGUCUACGCCUUCGGAACUGUAUGGUACGAACUUCUGUGUGGGGAAUAUCCGUUCAAAGGUCAACCGGCCGAAGCCAUCAUCUGGCAAGUCGGGAAGGGAGUGAAACAAUCAUUAGCGAAUAUGCAAGCAUCGAGGGAUAUUAAGGAUAUACUGAUGCUGUGCUGGUCGUACCGGGCAAGCGAGCGGCCAGACUUUCCGCAUUUGCUGUCCACCCUGGAGAAAUUGCCACGCAAGAGACUGGCGCGAUCUCCUUCUCACCCUGUGCAUCUCUCACGAUCAGCCGACUCGGUGUUCUGAGAGCGGCUUGCGGGGGCGUUAUGUGUGCGUCCAUAGCACAACCUUCGGGGGGAGGUGCUUAUCGAAGCCACGCCCCUCGAGGAAGAAACGAGCCCCGCCGAGCAAGCAGCGCCCGCGGUCGCUGUCCCGAUGGCAUCCGGCGCUCCAGCCUCUCUCUGGACUGUUUUCAGUGAAUGUUUUGUGCAACGACAGUGUUGAGCGAUGAGAGUGAUUGAUUUCUAGGUGAUUAGGUAAGUGAUUUGAAUACAGACAGACAAACUGAAGGCGGAAUGUGUGCUACUUUGACUGCUACGUAAGAUUUUCAUUGUAUUUCUAUAUGUGGUUGUUCCCAUGAAAUUUGUUCUUACUACAACUACUCAUAAUCCUUCUGAUAAUCACUACAACAAGGCCAAUUCGUGUGUGACUGUAAGUAGUUAAAACUUACUUAUGUGCCUUUAGGACAACUGCAAAAUAUAAAUUUAUACGUUAGUAAUCAACAUAAACUGACUAAUAUUUUAUAAAGAUCACCUAUGAUUGUAUAAUUUUAUUGUAAUUUGGUUACAUAACAUCUCAAAAUUUUCGUGAAUUUCAUUAAAAUAUCUAGUUCUGAUUGAAAAUUUAAGCAGAAGAUUAUUUACUUUAUAGUUUGUUUUACAAGAAUUACGUAUACCAGCUAUAUGCUAUGACGGCCAUUUGAACAUUUGUUAGGUGACGAAGUUACGUAAAAAUUUAAUAAUGUUCACCACAUUGAUGACACAUGAUACAUUUUUCUGUACUUUACAAUGAAUAUUUAUUUUCAAUUGUACCUUGAUUGGUUACUUAUGCUAAAACCAAUCAUCUUAGCAUCCCUGUAGUAUAUAGAUUAUAUUUUUUUAUAACAAAUAAGUGUUAGUACUGUGUUGUAAAGAUUAGUUGGGAGAUAUUUUUGAAUGUAAAAUAAAAGGAAGAUUAAAUAACUUAUUAAAUAAGGCAUUAGAAGUAUUUGAAAUGAGAAAAGACAUGGAUAUUUUAUAAAUAUGCUUAAAUUUUCAAAGUUAUUGUUGAUAUGUGGCAAUUGGCAACUGUUAGGUGUAAGUGUUGAUGCGGGAUAACUUCGAAUUAAUUUUUGUAAUGUUGCGAAUUUGUACAGUAGUAGGUAUUUAAUGUAGGCUUAGGAAUAACUUAUUUAUCUAAAACAUAACCCCUUAUUGUUUGAUAUAUGAUUGCAUCAUAAUUGUCUUUACUUCAAUUCAACUUGUAAUCUCCAGACACGUACAGCAUAGAGCUACAAUGGCGACAUAAAAUAAAACAAGAGCCGUAAUCAUAAAAAAAUAUUUAAAUAUCCAAAAAAAAAAAUCACCUAUAUAAAUCAAUUUUCCAUAUAAUUUCGGAACAACCAGUGGGAGGCUCCGUUGCACAGGAUGCCGGCUAAAUUAUGGGUAUACAACGGCGCCUAUAUCUGCGGUGAAGUAGUAAUGUGUAAGCAUUAUUGUUUCGGUCUGAAUGGCGCCGUAGCUAGUGAAAUAACUGGGCAAAUGUGAUUUAACAUGUUAUGUCUCAAGGUGACGAACGUAAUUGUAGUGCCGCUCAGAAUUUCAGGGGUUAUCAAUUACCAUCAGCUGAACGUCCUGCUCGUCUCGUCUCUAAGUGUCAUUUAAAAAAAACCUGUAAGAAAUCUAGUAGCCGCGGGCUAGCGUAGUCACUGACGUAGGUGCCGUCUUAUGCAACCACGUAAGGGUGAUUUUAUUUUUCCUAAAUAUAUAAUUUGUUUGUUUGAUAAUUUCAAUUAUUAUUUAAAUUUUAGAAUUAUCUUUUUAUAAAUAAGGUUAGAUAGCUUUACUCAUGUGUUAAUUUAAUGUCGUCAUUAUAGCGCCACGCUGUAUAUUAAUAGCUCUUAUCAAUGAAAAUACUUAAGAUAUAAAAACUUGUUAUACUCCUAUAAAAAAAACAACCUUGCGGAUUUGGAUUGUUAUGAUGAUGAAAGGACCACACACUGGAACCUGAGAAGCUGCUGUCUCCAUUAAGCGUUGAUGCUACCGGAAUCUGCCCGCUGGUUCUGGUCCGGCAAACAGCAUUGCCCGCGACACAACUGGCACUCAGUAAUAACUUAGUGUUCAGAGGUGGUUUUGAUUUUCGGAUAUAUUUUCAUUUAUUAUUGGAUAGAUAAUUGAAACAAUAGUAAGUUUUUUCGUGGAGUUAGCGCGUGGCACUUGCGGGCUUAAUUCGCCAACGUAUCAGAUGAAUUAUUUUGUGGAGAGUGGAGCCAUGUGGAGCUCUUGGCAAAAAGUUUUUUGGCAAACAUCUCGGAAACCAUGCACUAUAGGGCAAAAGUUAUUAAGACCAUUACUGUAGAAAAUAAAAUUUCGCAUCUUUUAUUUCCUGUAGACUUCUUUGUAAGACUUACUGUUUACGGCUUUUACAUUUAAUGCACCAGUUUUUUUUUAUCUCAGAUGAUAACUCUUAAAAUAUUGGAUUAAUUAAUAAAAUGCAUCGAUCCAUGUUUAUGGAAAAAUUUAUCCUCUACAGUCUACAACUCUUCCAACCUAGAUCAUGUAAAUACACUACAUAUUUAUAUAUCGGUGUUAUCACCCAUAAUAUAUAUUUCCUAUAUGGCCUAAACUCUAUAUAACAUUUAAAUGUGAUUUGAGUGUGUGGUUGAAUUUUGUGUUUGUGAGAUCACAAUACACAUAUUUAAAUUAGUACUGGAUACUAAUUGUUCAUUCAUAUAUAUGUAUUUUUUUUUCUAUUCUAUUAAACUUUAAUUUCAUUCAAAGAUGACAAUGUCAACUGAAGCAUUGUAUUAUUAUACUACAGUUGGGCAUCAUUAAUCCGGACAACCAUAUUAUUGAGGCAUUGUACUAUGCUUCAUUUAAAUGACUUAGAUAAUUUAUACGCCUAGAUAGACUUUAUCAGGUGUGAAAACGUCGAAAACAAUUGACUUUAGAACUAACCUCUAUUUUGAACAAUUCACACACGCUAACAAAGUGUCAUACAAAUCGCGAGUGUAAGACAUAGCUUAUCACACACACUAAACUAAUAUUCCUGGCCUGUUUUUAUUGUUGUCUAAUAGCAAGAGACUAUCUAGACAUAUAAUUUAUCUAAGUUAAAUGAUAAUAAAAGUUAAAACACAAAAGAAACUCAGUCUGACUUUCUUUCGCUAUAUAAAAUAUAAGUACCUGGAGUGUGCGUUCCAUAUAGGCAAAUGGGCAAUGCCUACCUUAAUAAGAACCUAUAUACAACUAGUAUUAAAGUUCACUUAGUUUUGCUAUUCUAUAAUCAAACUUCUAUGGGAUACCCACCCGGUAAGUUUUACCUUACCCUAAAUGCCUAGUAAAACCUAUAGCCUCGUAAGGUAAUGUCAACCUCUUCACAUUAUGUGUGCAAUAUUUAAAUUUGUAACUAUUAUAUUAUUAGGUACCUACUUGUACCUAGAAUGACACAAACUGAAGUAUUAGGUUGAGGUUGAAAAUGGUCCAGAAACUAUAUACAAAGCACAAACAACUCCAAUACUUUGAUCUCAAACCCUAGCUCUGUCCGACUAAAGCGCAACUACAACAAAUUAGAUCUACAGUGCCUACCUUGCCGGAUAACCAAUGCACACCCCUGGUUAGUAAACAAGUUACAAGACAUAUGUAUACAUACUACAUAUGUAGUCUGUAGUCCUUGAUUGAAUUAAUGCAUUUUUUAAAAGUUGUCAUGCUAGCCUCUUCCAUUGUCCAAAAUGCUAUUGCAAAUCACAGUUUUCAAUGAAUAAGCAAGAGUCCGGAAUAACAAAGCCCCACUGUUUUUAAAAUGCAUGCAUUGAAUAAAAUAGAACUUUAAUUUGAAACUGAGUAACAGUAUUGUUUAUAUUAUGUACUCAUAUUGUAUUGUAAGAUAACUGACAUAUUGUGUGUUCAUUAUAUAAUGCUAACCUCCUGCUAAACAGGAGCCUGUUUCUGCUGUGAAGCAGUAAUGUGUAAAAAUUACUUUUCUUGGUCCGUAGGGUGUCGUAGCUAGUGAAAUUACUGUCUCAAGGUGAAGAGCAGUUGUAGUGCCGCACAGAAUUUUUAGAUUUUCAAUAAUCCUGAGUGGCACUGCUUUGUAAUGGACAGGAUGUAUCAAUUACCAUUAGCUGAAUGGCUUGCUUGCUCUUUAUUUUCAUUAAAAAAAGGACUUAUCAGUAUAUGAAUUAUCAAGCUGGUUUUAAAGGUGUGGGAAUCACUUGAACACAUCAAAUGAUUCUCUCUCCUUAUAAUUGUAGCAUACAAUGUAUAUAAAUCUACCAUGUAGCAUUUUUUGAUGUUGUUUAUCUUCUUUCAAUGGAAUUUCGUUUUAAAUAAAACAACAGCUUUUGAGUUGUUAUUGUUUGAAAAUCAAUUAUAUUUAGACAAUUGAAUGUAUAUUAUAUCAGUUUACCAUGUUACUUAAUGCACAUUUGAAGAGGCUUUUAUUUGAGAAUCUUAAGGUUCUCUUCGGGGAAUGGAUUUGGUAGUUAUUUUAGUAUUUAUUUAGUUAUGCUCAACACAAAUCCAAUUCGGUUAAGUGAUUGUAUAUAUCAUAUAGAAAUGUAAAAAUGUAUUAAAUUUACUUGUAAUGUAAAGAUACUGUUAUUUUAUUAAAUAAAUUAUUAUCAAAUAAUUUUAGGCAAAAAUUAAUUCUGGUCACUCAGCUCCUACUAUAUUGUAAUAUUGUUAUGUAUUAUUGUGAGUGACUGCCAUUAUCUGUAUAUAUGGCAAGUGGCAUGGAUGAUUCAGCUGUUUAUAUUUUUUAAUUUAGAUUUGUAUAUUUGGUCACAUUGACAUGAGUUGGUUCCCGAUAUAGCUUUAUGAAUUGUAGUAUUCAUUGUUAUGAGUUAUUUUUUGCUUUAUUCAAUAUGAAUGAAUACUGUUUGUUUUAUUAUAUUCAUUCUGUCCACCAUCUAUUCAUACUAUAGUAAUUGUUACAUACCUACUGAUAAAAUAUAAGAUUGUCAAAGUGACCAUGUCUGGUCUUGUACAGUUCAGUUAGAGAUUUUACACAAUGUAUUGAAAUUUCCCGUACUAGGAUUACUUGCAUUUGCCAAAAUAAAUUUCCCAUCACUGUUAUAA